UGUGGCGGCCACGGUGCGUGCGUCUUAGCGUAAAGAGGUAGUGUGGGAGGAAUAAGUUGCUCUGUGAUUGGUUGGUGCAGGAUUUCAAACCGGAGCUGGCGGCGCGGUUCUGCUUUGCCGUUGGGUGAGGCCCGGAGGGAAGUGAAAGACCGCCCAGGUAGGGCCUGGCGGACCCCGGCGAAGUGAGCGCUGGGGGCUGCCAAGAAAAGAAAGAUGGAGUCUACAAUGCUGAAUUUGCGGAAUCUGUUUGAGCAGCUUGUGCGCCGGGUGGAGAUUCUCAGUGAAGGAAAUGAACUUCAAUUUAUCCAGUUGGCAAAGGACUUUGAGGAUUUUCGUAGAAAAUGGCAGAGAACAGACCAGGAGUUGGGGAAAUACAAGGAUCUUUUGAUGAAAGCAGAGACUGAGCGUAGUGCUCUGGAUGUUAAGCUGAAGCACGCACGCAACCAGGUGGAUGUAGAGAUCAAACGGAGACAGCGAGCUGAGGCUGACUGCGAAAAGCUGGAACGGCAGAUUCAGCUGAUUCGAGAGAUGCUCAUGUGUGACACAUCUGGCAGCAUUCAACUAAGCGAAGAGCAAAAAUCAGCUCUGGCUUUUCUCAACAGGGGCCAACCAUCCAGUGGCAAUGCUGGGAACAAAAGACUGUCGACCAUUGAUGAAUCUGGUUCCAUUUUAUCAGAUAUCAGCUUUGACAAGACUGAUGAAUCGCUGGAUUGGGAUUCUUCUUUGGUGAAAACUUUCAAACUGAAGAAGAGAGAAAAGAGGCGCUCUAAUAGCCGACAGUUUAUUGACGGUCCACCUGGACCUAUAAAGAAAACGCGUUCCAUUGGCUCCACGGUAGACCAGGGGAAUGAAUCCAUAGUUGCAAAAACUACAGUGACUGUUCCCAAUGAUGGUGGGCCCAUUGAAGCUGUGUCCACUAUUGAGACUGUGCCAUAUUGGACCAGGAGCCGAAGGAAGACAGGUGCUUUACAACCUUGGAACAGUGACUCCACCCUGAGCAGCAGGCAGCUGGAGCCCAGAACUGAGACAAACAGUUCCAGCACACCACAGAGUAACGGAGGGAUGCGCUUGCAUGACUUUGUCUCUAAAACGGUUAUUAAACCAGAAUCUUGUGUUCCAUGUGGAAAGCGGAUAAAAUUUGGCAAGCUAUCCCUAAAGUGUCGAGACUGUCGUGUGGUCUCUCAUCCAGAAUGUCGGGAACGCUGUCCCCUUCCCUGCAUUCCUACCCUGAUAGGAACGCCUGUCAAGAUAGGAGAGGGAAUGCUGGCAGAUUUUGUGUCUCAGACUUCUCCAAUGAUCCCCUCCAUUGUUGUCCACUGUGUAAAUGAGAUUGAGCAGAGAGGACUGACUGAGGAAGGCCUGUAUAGGAUCUCAGGCUGUGACCGGACAGUAAAAGAGCUGAAAGAGAAAUUCCUCCGAGUGAAAACUGUACCCCUCCUCAGCAAAGUGGAUGACAUCCAUGCUAUCUGUAGCCUCUUGAAAGACUUCCUUCGAAACCUCAAAGAACCACUUCUGACGUUUCGACUGAAUAAGACCUUUAUGGAAGCAGCAGAAAUCCCAGAUGAGGACAACAGCAUAGCUGCCAUGUACCAGGCUGUGGGUGAACUGCCCCAAGCCAACAGGGACACAUUAGCUUUUCUUAUGAUUCACUUGCAGAGAGUGGCUCAGAGUCCAAACACUAAAAUGAAUGUUGCCAAUCUGGCUAAAGUUUUUGGCCCUACAAUAGUUGCCCAUGCUGUGCCCAAUCCAGACCCGGUGACAAUGUUACAGGACAUCAAGCGUCAACCUAAGGUGGUAGAGCGCCUGCUUUCACUGCCACUGGAAUACUGGAGUCAGUUUAUGAUGGUGGAGCAAGAGAACAUUGACCCCAUGCAUGUCAUUGAAAACUCAAAUGCCUUUUCAACACCACAGACACCAGAUAUUAAAGUGAGUUUGCUGGGGCCUGUGACCACUCCUGAGCAUCAACUCCUCAAGACUCCUUCGUCUAGCUCCCUGUCACAGAGAGUCCGCUCCACCCUCACCAAGAACACUCCCAGAUUUGGGAGCAAAAGCAAGUCUUCCACCAAUCUAGGACGACAAGGCAACUUCUUUGCUUCUCCAAUGCUCAAGUGAAGUCAUGUCUGCCUGUCAAACUUCCCCAGCAUUUACCGACUGCAAGAAAGGGCGCACCUGUACUCUCUGCUCUGCAGCCUCCUGUACUCAUUACUACUUUUAGCAUUCUCUGAGCUUUUAAUCAAGUUUAAUUGUGCAUGAGGGUUUUAUUAAAAGUAUAUGUAUCUCCCUCUCCUUCUCUUCAAGUAACAUAUCAACAUCUUGUGGUGGUUGUUUGGAACUUUUAGGUGGGAAAUCUUUGCAGGGGUGGAAGCAGUAGUAUGGAAUUCAUUGUGAUUCUUCUUGGGGGAGGGGACUAGGGGAACAUCCUUUGGCAUAAAGCCAAAUGCUGCUCAUGGAAUGACCUUUCUCUGGUGUUAUUUAGAACUAAUUUCCACAAGACAAUGAUAGAAACCCUACCUCUUUGGUAAGACUGGCUUGUCUUAGGGUAGAAGGUGGGAGGACAGAGUAAAGAAAAGGGUUGGACGGGGGAUUUAGAAUGGCUCCCCCUGAGAACUCAGUAGUUCCCUUUCUCCCAUUUUGAGUUGAGCUGUAACAUGGAGAGCCUUCAUAAAAAUGGGGUAGGGUGAGGUUGGAACUAGUGAUGGAAGUAUGCUAAGCUUUAAUUUGGAUUGAUUAACUCUUAAUAGUGUUAAUAGGCACAGCCUUGUAAAUGUGAUACUAAAACUUGUAUUUAUCUCUAAUGGGCCUCAGGCAGGACUUUGGGUUUGGUUGAGGUCAAAGCCAGUUUGUUCUAAAGUUGAAUUCAUUCCUGAUGCUUGACCCUGCUCCAUCUUUACCUUGUCCACUAGAGCCCUACUUCUAGAGGUCAGUGUGCUGUCUGUUUGGCAUCCCAACUAACUAUUAAAAGUAGGCUGUAAGGGAAGAUUGUCAAUAUUUUGUGUGGCAAGAAAAGCCACAAUCAUUUUGUCUUUGCACUUUGGAUGCCGAAAUCUUCUCGUGGAACAUAGCCACAUCUCCCGUGGAACAUAGCCACAUCUAGAUAAAUGUGAGCUUUUUCUUAUUUCCAUUAUAUGUCUAUAAAGAUGAUUUCUUGUAUAGAAUGUUUCUGACCCAUAUUGACCCUUGUCUGUAAAACACAUAUUUGGAAAAAAAUAAAUAGCUUUUUCAAAAUGAGCAUGAGGUUGAUUUUCUUGUCUUGGGAAACUUUCCAGGCCUUUUAGAAAAUAUUUUCCUUUCAUAAAGUGAUUUGAGUUGAUUGUUCAUCUUUAUUUCCCAUUCUCUGGACCCACCCAACCUUACUACCACCAGGAGAUUGCCUCUUCAUUUCUUAUUCAGUCUCUUUCAUUAUCCACAUUGGAGUCUCAGAUUUGUCCUGUGGCUGUUUUCCUCUAAUUUGAAUAAACUAAACAACAAAGUUUUUAAACAAGUCUUUAGGGACCAGAAUAGUGUAGAUUAAAAAAAAAAAUCGACUCUGGCUGGCUGACUGCCUGGAACAUCCUUCACUGCUGGAAGUGACUCUGGAGUGAGCUGGGAUGAUUAACUGAGGGCACCUGCUCUUGGAACUCUGACGCUGGUGAACAGAAUGUAUCUGAGAUUGAGUGUAAACAGUUGCAGGCUUAAUAUGUAACUAUGGAGAGAGGAGGCAACUUACUGGCUUUGUUCCCAGGAGGUGGCAGCUCUCACAGCAGGUCCCAUCUGCCUCAGCAAAUUGACAGAGGUUGGGUCCCAUCUCCCCUUACUCCCCUUCACACACACAUCCCUGCUAGGUUUUUUUCUGUUUUUAAACUUUGUCCUAGAUGCUAUCUUCUCUCAUGUUUGCAAGCCUAGUGUUGGCCUGGCUCCAUAUUUGCUGUUCUGUAGUAUCUCCCCAAGGUGCAUUUUAAGUCACUAAUGUAGAGGAAGUAAAUGGAUUGUAUAACGUUAGUGAAGGCAAGACUACCCUAUGCAGGAACUGAUGGCCCAUUAGCGAAAAAGGAAAUGGUCCUGCGUGUCAAAUGUUGGCAGACAGUUGUUCGGUUUUUGGGCUAGGCCAAGAGAUCUUAGCCAUGAAAAUAAUUCUGAUAUUAGCUAAGGGAAAUAUAUACCUACCUUCAACUUCUAUAACAGUGCUUCAUGUGGAACAGCUUGACUUUCGAGGGCUUUCUUGAUUAAAUUAUGCUUCCCAAUUGGACUGGACCAAAAGCAAAGAAGUUUCCGGGAUAAAAUGAAUGC